CUGCGUUUAUUAACUCCGCAGCGUCUGCGUUCUCUCUUCCUACUUUCCCCGGAUAUCACACGGAACACUUCAUGACCCAACCGUUUACAUACGGGUCGGAUCUUAACCAAACCGGAUCAUCAUUAAUCGGGCUAAACAACCUCUCUUCUUCCCAAAUCCACCAGAUCCAAUCUCAGAUCCACCACAACCAUCCUCUCCUCAGGCCAAAGCCUUUACUCAUGAAGCAACCCGGAGUCGCCGGAUCUUGUUUCCCGGCGAAGCCGACGAAGCUGUACAGAGGCGUGAGGCAGCGUCACUGGGGCAAAUGGGUGGCGGAGAUCCGUUUGCCGAGGAACCGUACUCGUCUCUGGCUAGGAACGUUCGACACGGCGGAGGAAGCAGCCUUGGCUUACGACAAGGCGGCGUUUAAGCUGCGCGGCGAUCACGCCCGGCUUAACUUCCCUCACUUACGUCACAACGGUUCCCACAUCGGCGGCGAGUUCGGCGAGUACAAGCCUCUUCACUCAACGGUCGACGCUAAGCUCGAAGCUAUUUGUCAGAGCAUGGCGGAGACGCAGAAACAGGACAAAACAGCGAAAGCUUCGAAGAAACGUGCCUCGAAGGUGAAGAAAACUGAGAAGGUUGAUUUGUCGGAGAAAGUCAGUCCGGUGACGGAGUUCGUUGAGUCCGCCGGGUCUUCGCCGUUGUCGGAGCUGACGUUCGCUGACACGGAGGAGCAGUCGCGGUGGAACGAGACCUUCUCGUUGGAGAAGUAUCCGUCUUACGAGAUUGACUGGGAUUCGAUACUGUCUUGAUCAAUUAGUGCUGUUUGGCAAGACUUAAGAGUAGGGGUAAAAUAGGAAUUUCGAAGCUGUCUGCAAUGGAGUUUUUGGAAAUUGCAGAGAGAGGCUAUUAGCGUAAUUAAGAUUAUGUUUAGGGGUUAAUAUUGUUUGUUAAUAUUAUGGUUUGUGGCUCUGUCUCGGUCCAGCUGCGGUUUUUUGUCAUGCUCGACCAUGCCACCGGUUUCAUUUUAUGUAAUCUUUUUUU